GCUAGCAACUACUGAUGAACUCGCUCACACUGACACUGGCUAGCAAUCGAUACUGAAGCAAAUACUAGUAGCAUUCGAGCUAGCUGAUCGAUGCCAUGGGUGGGAAGCUGCAGCAGCUGAUGUCGAGGCUCCACCUGGCCAAGGGCGGCGGCGGCGGGAAGGGCGGCGGCGCGGUGCCGAGGGGCCACUUCGCGGUGUACGUCGGCGAGGCGAGGGCGCGGUUCGUGAUCCCGACGGCGUACCUCAGGCACCCGUCGUUCGUUGCGCUGCUGGAGAGCGCUGAGGAGGAGUUCGGCUUCGACCACCACGGCGGCGGGAUUAUCAUACCGUGCUCUGAGAGCGACUUCGUUGAGCUCGUCGGCAGCCUGAGCUCCUCGUCGCCGUCGUCGUCGUGGCGGCAUUGAUCGCUGCUCGUUUCUUCCUGGCGAGGAGAUCUUGUUAAUUCUUUUUUAGUUCGUGGCAUUGACAAUAUGUACAUAGCUUUUUUUACCGUCGUGGCAACUUUGCAUGAGCCAAUGCUCCA